AUGGACGUAGUUUCCAAGCAGGAGGAUGAGCACAUCAUCAAGCCACAGGCCGUGACACCUGCCAUUGACACGAGCUCGUGGCCUCUCCUCCUCAAGAACUAUGAAAAGCUUCUCGUGCGAACCGGCCAUUUUACCCCAAUCCCCAAUGGCUGCUCGCCUCUGAAGCGCGACCUCAAGUCGUACAUCAGCUCUGGUGUUAUCAAUCUCGACAAGCCUUCCAACCCUUCCAGUCACGAGGUUGUGUCCUGGGUUAAGCGCAUCCUUCGCGUUGAGAAGACUGGCCACAGCGGUACCCUCGACCCCAAGGUCACCGGAUGCCUUAUUGUUUGCAUCGACCGUGCCACUCGACUGGUCAAGUCCCAGCAGGGAGCCGGAAAGGAGUACGUGUGCGUCAUCCGCCUGCACGACAAGUUGCCCGGUGGUCAGCCUCAGUUCGCCAAGGCCCUCGAGACCUUGUCCGGCGCUCUCUUCCAGCGCCCCCCCCUGAUCUCCGCUGUCAAGCGCCAACUUCGAAUCCGAACCAUCUACGAGAGCAAGCUCAUUGAGUUCGACAAUGACCGCCACCUUGGUGUCUUCUGGGUCAGCUGCGAGGCCGGAACCUACAUCCGUACCCUUUGCGUACAUCUUGGUCUCCUCCUUGGUGUCGGCGCUCACAUGCAGGAACUGCGACGUGUGCGUUCUGGUGCCAUGGACGAGAACAAGCACCUGGUCACCCUGCACGAUGUGCUUGACGCACAGUGGACGAUGGACAACACUCGCGACGAGUCCUACCUCCGAAGAGUCAUUUCUCCUCUGGAGACCCUCCUGACCUCCUACAAGCGCCUGGUUGUCAAGGACAGCGCUGUCAACGCUGUGUGCUAUGGUGCCAAGCUUAUGCUUCCAGGUCUCCUCCGAUACGAAUCGGCCAUUGAGCACCAGGAGGAGGUUGUGUUGAUGACCACCAAGGGUGAAGCUAUUGCAUUGGGUAUUGCACAAAUGUCUACGGUUGAGAUGUCAACGUGCGACCACGGCGUUGUUGCCAAGGUCAAGCGAUGCAUCAUGGAGCGCGACCUGUACCCCCGCAGAUGGGGGCUUGGACCUGUCGCCCAGGAGAAGAAGAAGCUCAAGGCUGACGGCAAGCUCGACAAGUUCGGACGACCCAACGACGCCACUCCUUCCAAGUGGUCUUCAGAGUACCAGGAUUACAGUGCCUCGGAUGCUGCCGCUGCCGCCGCCGCCGCCACCCCCCAGAAGCCAAUUGAGGCAGCCAAGGAGGAGGCAAAGGAGGAAGUUAGCACCCCUGCUGCUGAUGACAGCGACAAGAAGAAGCGCAAGAAGCACGAUGGCGAGACACCUGAUGAGAAGGCUGAGCGCAAGCGUCGGAAGGCCGAGAAAAAGGCCGCCAAGGCCGCAAAGAAGGCUGCCAAGGGCGAGGCCGACGACGAGGACAGCGACUAA